AUGGCACGACAUUUACAGGCACCCAGCUUAGAGGACCUGCUAUCGCAGACAGAUGCGGAUGACGCUGCGGCGGACAGUGAUUCGCCGUUUAACAUCACGAAUUUCGUAGCGUUCCUGGUGAGGUCGCAUUGUGAGGAGAACUACGAGUUUUGGAAAAGCUGCAAUUACUAUUUGAACAACGUGGAUGGAGCGACUUUUGAUUUUGUUAGAUGGAACACCGCGAUAUACGAGAAUUUCAUUAAAGUGAACGCUCCGAUGGAGUGCAACUUGCCCGAGGACAUCAGGAAGGCGUACAUGGACUGGUACGUCGACAGCAUCAUCCCCAGUAGAGAUAUCGUGCUCAAGGCUCGACAGCAUACGCUGAACUUGAUGUCCGACGCGUACAGACAGUUUGUGCGGCACGUAAACUCUAGGCUGCCAGCGGUGGCGGUCGAUGGCGAGACGGACUGCUUUCCGAAGAGCCCGCUCGACCGAAAGCGAGCUGAUCAAUUGGCCCUUAAGCGGUCGCUCACCGCCUCCGACGCUACCAAGAACGGUGCUUCCGUCAGCACUUCGAGCACUAGCACCUCGAGCUCUAGAGCCGGUUCUGCAGUCACUACGCAGAACAAAGGGCCUCUCGGACUUCUAAGCAAGGGUAAAGCACUAGUUGCAAAAUUCAAGCGCAAGAGCCAGGGACCAGCUCUAAAGAAGGCCUCAUCGACGGGCAGUGCAUUGCCCGUGUGCGCCUCUGAAAAGAGGAGCAGAAGAUAUAGAACUUGA